AUGGUCACCAGCAGCUGUGAGGAGCCGGCUACCAAGCGGGCGCGCACAUACGGCGCUCGCACGGACGGCGCAGCCGCCAGCACAUGCAGCGGCCCUACAGCAGACCGCCAGCUGUCGCUGUUCCGCGGGAGCACCGUCGACAAGUGCCGGCAGCUCGACGAGGGCUUGACGGCGACGUUCAGACGCGGCGACAUCCGCCUGCUCCGCCGUGCAUGGGUUCUCGAGGCUCCCGACCAGCACUUGCCGUACAGGCAGGUGCUUGAGGAGCGCGAGCGUCGAGGCGAAAUGCCGCUGCCGCUGCUCAGUCCAGAAGAGGCGGCUGCGCUCCUCGAGCGCGGCGAUCGCAGCAUUGGUGCCCUGACACAUCCCUGGUAUUCACCUGGCGAUCCUGACCCGGCGGGCGUCAAGCUGAAGAUUCUCCGCGAGGCGCUCUUAGUCCUCACGCACAUUGAGGCCAUCUUCGGGACGCGCACCAAGGCCGAGAACGAAGCCUUCAAGCGCGCGCUCGGCGUCAUGGGCGACGUCUACGCCUCUGCGGUUGGCACGACGGUGCUGCAGAUCAAGGAGAUCCCACCUCGCCCGCAGGAGUUUGACGGCGAGCUUUGCCUUUUUGGCCUCAAGGAUUGGGUGGACGAGGCGGCGGUCCGCCAAGCCCUCAGCGGCGACCUGUCAACCGAGUUCGAAAGCUGCGACCUGGCAUUUGAGUCGACGUACGGCGUCGUGCGCUUCACCACACACGCGGCGGCGCUGCGAGCCAAGGCGGCGAACACCUUCUCGGAGCUGUGCGGAGGCGUCGACACGCGGUACAACGAGCGCUCGUAUGAUGGCCGCGGCGAUGGCGAGGGCGGGCGUGACGGCGACGAGGGCCGCGGCUGGUGCUGCUUCGAGGGCGGGGUGAGCGGCGAGCUACUCGUGCGGCUGAGCGUCUACCCGCGGAUGAAGGCGGAACUCGACAAGUUGCCGCCAAAGCUGGUCUCGCUGGCCAGCGGCAGGGCACCCGAGCCGGUGGAGCUGUCGCACAGUGAUGUCUGGCAGCGAGUGCAGCAGGUGGUCGAGAGCAUCGAGAAGGCCACCUUCACCGGCAAGAGCGACAAGGAGAAGGUGCCCAAGCUGUACGAAGACUACGUCGAGCGGGUUGCGACGCUGCGCGGCACCGACCCGGUCGCAUCCCUCGACCUCUUUGGCAUGGGCCUCGGACCCACCUCGGCCAUCGUGAUCGCGUCGCUGAUUGCGGACAAUGCGGUGCUGAAAACCCUCCACAUCGGCUAUAACAAAAUCGGCGAUGAGGGCGCCGCCGCGAUCGCCGAGGCGUUGCGCGGCAACGGGGUGUUGAAACGCCUCAACAUUCGCAUGAACGGUUUGGGCGACCAGGGCAAGGGAGCGAUUCGAGAUGCGGUUAGCGGGCGGGAAGGGUUCGAGCUCUUGAUGUGA